AAACCAUUUAACAGGAACACCUCAUCUGGGCUCCGAGCUUUGGUAGAGACAUAUUAUGGACUUCAAACCCUCCCGCCCAUUUAUUUUGUAAAGCUUCAACGCCGCCCUCUGCCGUAAAGGAAGGGAUGCCAGAUCAGCGAGGAGGACUGGCAGAGGAGGUGGACGACAAAGUUCUUCAUGCUGCAUUUAUCCCUUUUGGAGACAUUACAGAUAUUCAAAUUCCUCUGGAUUAUGAAACAGAAAAGCAUCGAGGAUUUGCUUUUGUUGAAUUUGAGUUGGCAGAGGAUGCUGCAGCAGCUAUCGACAACAUGAAUGAAUCUGAGCUCUUUGGACGGACAAUUCGUGUCAACUUGGCCAAACCAAUGAGGAUUAAGGAAGGCUCAUCCAGACCAGUUUGGUCAGAUGAUGACUGGUUGAAGAAGUUCUCUGGAAAGACUCUUGAAGAAAAUAAAGAAGAAGAAGGGUCAGAACCUCCCAAAGUAGAACCCCAGGAGGGAGAGCCCACUGUGAAGAAGGCCCGGUCAAACCCUCAGGUGUACAUGGACAUCAAGAUUGGGAACAAGCCGGCUGGCCGCAUCCAGAUCCUCCUGCGUUCAGACGUCGUUCCCAUGACGGCAGAGAAUUUCCGCUGCCUGUGCACCCAUGAGAAGGGCUUUGGCUUCAAGGGGAGCAGCUUCCACCGCAUCAUCCCCCAGUUCAUGUGCCAGGGGGGCGACUUCACGAAUCACAACGGCACAGGGGGCAAGUCCAUCUACGGGAAGAAGUUUGAUGAUGAAAACUUCAUCCUGAAACACACAGGACCAGGCCUGCUCUCCAUGGCCAACUCUGGCCCAAACACGAAUGGCUCCCAGUUCUUCCUGACGUGUGAUAAGACAGAUUGGCUGGAUGGCAAGCACGUGGUGUUCGGGGAGGUCACAGAAGGUCUGGAUGUUCUGCGACAGAUUGAGGCCCAGGGCAGCAAGGACGGGAAACCAAAGCAGAAGGUGCUCAUCGCUGACUGCGGGGAGUACAUGUAAGACGGCACUUUCUCUGCAUGGCUCCUGUAUCAGGAGCCGUCGGGCCAGAAACCAGCACCUGAGUGUGUCCCCUUGGCAGCACGUAGGGGUUUGUGUCCUGGCCCUACCUCAGGGUCAGCUUGGAGCAGCUCCCUUGCAGGUGCAGCCUGGGCUUCCUCAGGGCUCUUCCCCAAGUUUGGCCCUGCACCCAGGAGCAGCUUAGGCAUCCCUUGUGGAUGGCUGUGCUUGGCCUUUUCCAGACUUUUGCUGCCAGGGCCUUUCCUGGGCCCACGAGUGUGGCUUUUGGAUGAUUCUUGUGGUAAAAUAAAUCUUAGUUCUUGUACUGCUGCCUCUAGCUGGUUCCUGGGGGUUGUCAGGGAUUGCGUCUGUGGCUGAGCUGUCUCACUGAGAUGGGUGGGUAAAGGCAUAGAGCACAGCGGCCUCCUGCAGCUUUCUUUCCUCCCUUGGGUGGCUCCCUAAGAGGCCAGGUGAGAGUUUGCAAGGCCAUUGUCAGGACCUGGAGCCAAAGAUAGUAGGAAAGUGCCUGCCUUCUGCUGCCUGCACUCCUGAUCUCAUGCUGGCCAGCCUGAUGGCCAGUAAGUACCCUUGCCAGUCCCAAUGACUCGUGCUUUAUUUGUCCAGUUUAAUUCUACUGGUUUGUUAAGUGAUAUUUUGUAUGUCAGAGUGCCUUCUAUGCCAGGUGCUGUAUUUUUUGUCAGGAGACAGGGGGUCAGUAAACCGUGUGGGUUUAACCCAGCCUGCUGCCUAUUUCUGUGAAUAAAGUUUUAUCAGAACAUGGCCACAUCCAUUUGUUUAUUGUCGAUGGCUGCCUCCUCACCGCAGGGGCGGUGUUGAAUAAUUGGCAACAAACACUAUUGCCACAAUGAAUGUCCCACCAUCCAAUGGCAUUCUUUAGAGAAACAAAAUCAACAGGCUGGGUGUAUACAGAGCUUUGUUUUAAGGAAUUGACUCUGAUUUUGUGGACCUAGUGAGUGUGAAAGCUGCAGGGCAGCCAGCAGGCUAAAGCCCAGGAAACAGUUGAUGUUGCAGUUCAAGUUUCAAGGCAGAAUUCCUCCCUCUGGUGACCCCAGUCUUUGUCAUUAAGGCCUUCAACUGAUUGGAUGAGGCCCACCCACAUUAUGGAGGGUAUUCUGUUUUUCUCCAAGUCCACUGAUGUAAAUGUUAAUUACAUCUGAAAAAUACCUUCAUGGCAACAUCUACACUGGUGUUUGACCAAAACCUAAAUGCUCUGCCCAUGCCAGUGGACACAUCAGUUAGCCAGCACAGUCCCAAAGCACUUGCUGUCCGAACCUUUACCAAACAAGUUUGCUGACCACCGAAUGAGACAAGUGGUGCCACCCUGUGAAGAAUUCAGUCUGGUCCUCCUGUGUGUAGCUAUUUCCCCUCCGCGUAGUAAGCAGCCUGAGUCCCUCCCCUGCUGAGGGCCCUGUAGCCACUAGACACCACUCAAUGGUUUGUGUUACUCA